UCUCUCUCUCUCUCUCUCUCUCUCUCACUCUCUCUUUCUCGCUCUUUUUCUACUAAGUCCUUCUUUGUGUAUUUCUCUAAAUGUUUUCUCAGGGUUGAAAAUGCUAAUUAAAAGCAGGUCAAUGCAGUUCUGCAGACCUAUGACUCACACACGCACACAUGUACACACACACACACGCGCGCGUGCGCACACACACACACACUCUGUCUUUCCUACAGCCAAACCCUCAGUAUGCACAGCUGUUGGGGCUGUCUAAGGGGAAUAGUUCGGAGGAGGGAGGGAAAGAACAGUACAAGCAACUCAAGGUUAAGUGUGUGUGUGUGAGUGGAUGCCCGUGUGUGUGUGUGUGUGUGCACGUGUACACGUGUGUGUGAGUGUGUCUUUGGGAGAGAUGAAACUCAGUGUACCCCAGCAGGAGGUAUUUUGCUGUGAUUGUAUUUUCUCCUCCAACUAACUCUCCUUCUUUCUUCCCUCGCUUCCCUGGAUUCAGAGAGAGGUAAACAAAAGAAUGCUGUUAUUCCUCCACCCCUGUUCUCUCCUCCCCUCAUUCCUCACUCCUUGUCCAUCGGCGCUUCUAGUUAUUGUUUCAUUUCCUGGUUUCUGUCUCCCUCGGUCUUCAAAGCACAUUUCCAACCUAUUGUCUUAUGACCUGUACAAAACAACCGACAUGCACACACACUGAAGCGCACGCACUCCGGUGGAGAUUUCAAAGCCCCUUUCUGACUCGUGCACGUUGCCCAUGAGGUGGUCUUUUAAUCUUAUCCACACACACAUGGAGGUGUGUAUUUGUUUGAGUACCCGAGGCAUUUUUUGAGACCCCCCCCCCCCCCCCCCCCCUUUAUCCCGGAGUGCUCCUUUCUAUCUUUUCAUCCACCGUCAUCCCUCCAUCUUUUCCAAUAUUUUUUGGUCCCUUCCUACCAUCUGUUGAAGCCUGAAAGGGGGGGGGGGGUGGAGCAGCUGUGUCUGUUCUCUGUGGAACUCUCCAGUGCAUCUUAGUGCUCCAUUGAUCUCAGUGGUUCUUUAUCGAUCUUUGUGUGUGUUUUUACUCAUUAGGUCGGUAAAGGUCACACACCCACACACACAUUCUUAUGUUUGAAGCAUUGUACCAAGCCCUUUCACAGGAACACCAAUAUAGUGUCAUAUUCACACCCUAAUCUCUGUUGUCCUUCCUUCCCUGGGUAACUCUUUGUUUUCUCCGCCCCCUCAGAGAUUUUGCGUACGUGGCGAGGGACAAAGACACGCGGAUCCUGAAAUGUCAUGUGUUCCGCUGUGACACGCCAGCCAAAGCCAUCGCCACCAGCCUGCACGAGAUCUGCUCCCGGAUCAUGACAGAGCGUAAGAAUGCCAAAGCCAUGGCGGCGGGUUCUCUCCAGGACAGGAUUCAGGCAGGACUAGACCUCCCCCUCCAAGCAGAGUUCCCCACCCCAAAGACAGAGCUGGUCCAGAGGUUUCAGGUGUUCUACCUGGGCGUCAUGCCUGUAGCCAGACCCAUAGGAAUGGACAUCCUGAACGGAGCCAUCGACAGUCUGGUGGGCUCGUCCAGUAGAGAGGACUGGGUCCAGGUGGCCCUCAACGUGGCCGACGCCACCGUCACCAUCAGCAAGGAGAAGGAGGAAGAGGAAGUGCUGGUGGAGUGCCGUGUGCGCUUCCUGUCCUUCAUGGGUGUGGGCCAGGACGUGCAUACGUUCGCCUUCGUCAUGGACGGCGGCGGGCAGCACUACGACUGCCACGUGUUCUGGUGCGAGCCCAAUGCCGGCAGCGUGUCGGAGGCCGUCCAGGCCGCGUGCAUGCUGAGGUACCAGAAGUGUCUGGUGGCACGGCCCCCCUCCCAGAAGGCCUGUGGCUCCGCCCCCCAGGGAGACUCUGUGUCUCGCCGUGUCUCCACCAGCGUGAAGCGUGGCGUCCUCUCACUCAUCGACACCCUCAAGCAGAAGAGACCUGUCACCGAGCUGCCCCAGUAACCAUGGAAACCCAGCGCCUGUCCACUCCCCCUGCCACCAGACCCCCCCCCCCCCCUCCCCCCCCGUCGCCCUUGGGUCACCAUGGAAACAAACAGAAAACAAAAACCCAUAAACACAAUCCGCUAAAGGGAGUUGCGGUCAAUUUAGUGCCAAAUCGUGAGCUGGAAGUGAAAUAGAAAUUCCAUUUGAAAGUUGGACAUCUUUGCAUAGAAAGCAAAUGCAACCCUGUACAUUAGUCAUAUCUCUGAACAUGAAACUCUAAAAUAUAAAUUCCUUGAAUUAUAACAGAAUUGUAUCUGACAAAUAACAAACCAAAUGAUAAAAACCUAAAUAACUAGGAUGAAAACAAUGUGACUGUAUAUAUCAAAACAAAAACAACAAAGGAAGUGUAACUUCAAAAACAGGAAGUGGUUGAAAGAAAGGGUGGCUUCCGAAACUCUUAUUCCUGCCCUGAUGACCCCUACUGUCUCUGCCUCUGUGUUCCUCCAGCAUGAACUCACACACUCGGCCACACCCCUCUCACUCACCUGGGGAUGGGUCUCAAUACUAUUUCCCGGCCUCUUCUCCUCUCUGCAAACUGCACUCCCUCAUUUGCUCAUUAGCAAAAGUGUCUUUAAGGCAGUAUGGCUUUUAUCUACACAGACCAGUGCUGUCGAAGGACGGGUCACAGGGAGAGGAGACUUCAUGCAAGCAUUGAGACACACCCUGUGGCCACACCUUCGUUCGCCUACUAUGUCCUAUCCUGCAUGGCUCCAUUGUGUGUGACUGUGGAACUCCUGACUAAAGUAAUGCAUCGCUGCUGACUCCAACAGACAGACGGAAAGACAGCGAGAAAUCAUCAAUAUAUUUUUGCCUUUGUUUCUUUUCCAUUUUUCAUUUCCUUUCUGCGGAGGUUGACUCACCACUGCCAUACCACACUCGAUUGGUCAGGUCUGAGUUUGCUGGUAAAUUGUCGACUAGUCCGGUCUGGGUGACCUAAACGAGAGGUGACCUUUCACCUGGAACAUGAUUGUGUCACGUCCUGUUUACUUUUCCUUUCCUGCCUUCAUCUUGCCUGGCAGGAAAAUGACAGACAACAGCCAUAACUGAAGGAGAGGCCUGAGGGAUGGACAAAAUAUAAUCUCUCCCCUUCUCCUGCCUAGUGAUGAAAGACACCAAGAGAGAGACACAGACACACAGCUGAAAAUGCUGCUCUGAGAGACCCAGGAGGACCAUUGACUGAAAGAAAUGUUGUGUCUUCCAUUACACCCAGGAUCACAGCUCAUUCAGCCAAGAACAUCUAUCUCACACACACACAUACACACACACACACAUUCAGAACAGCCACUAUCAAACUAGCAUGUCUUGUGGUCACUAUAAAAAGGGGCAGUUGAUUUAAUGAGACGUGGAUCAAUGUUUUUAUACUUUCGAGCUGGUUUGUUGCUUUUUUUUAAAUGCAGCUGAACUCUAAACAUCGACCUUUCAACUAGACAAGAUGGGAAAUUUGGGAAUGCAAGUGACCAUGGCCUCUGUGCCAUCUUCAACACAACACUUCCUAAUGCCAUGUUGACCAAGAACGUUAGCGGAUGCUGCUAUAUAUUCUCCUGAGUUCGGUCACCUUGUCUUCCAUCACCUGCUCUUGUCUGUAUGGCCACCAACGCCACUUUGAUUACCUACUUUGGUCUGUUUUAGGUGGCAUCCUUGUAUCUCAUUUGAUUUGAACACCCAGCUGACCCUCCUGUUCAGCGUGGAUUGGUCGGUUCUUAACAAUAUGGCGAUUGGCUCUCUGAUAGGCUACACAGGGGCAAAAGGAAGAAUUUAACAUCUUUGAAAAUAUAGUUCAACCACAAAGCCUUCUUUUGUCACGGGAUAUAGAAAUGUGAAUUAAAUGACAAGUCAGUGUGUAUAUCUAUAUAAUAUAUCAUUUUUAUCACCUUAUAAGCUAUCUUUUCAUUUUCAGUGUGUGCAGUUUUAUAUUGUUUCCUUCAUGAAAAACUGCCUUUGUUGAACACACGAAAAGGGCCAAAGUGUAAAAUAUCAAUGUUUGUUGUAGAUACAAAAAUACAGAAAAAAUACAUAGAGAAAAUAUCCGAAAAUGAGAAUGGAUUAAACAGAAUCGCUUUGAGUUUAUUUUGGUUGUCAAACAAGAUCAGUUUAUACGUUUAUAGAAGUCUACCAAUCGAUUAUCUAUGCAUAUCUUUUUGGCCUGGCUGGAAACUGAUAGAAAUGUCAACCCAAAAAGUCUUGCAUGCCCUUUGAGACAUUCGAGAAGAAGACUGUAUGUACUGAACAGAAAUAUGUUUUAUUUUAUUUAUUCUAUUUUAUAACUGCGCAUAUUGGUUGUAUUCGGUUGGGCAUUCAGUCUGAUGCACUUCCUGGUUCCCUCACAGUAGCGAUGACACCCGUAAGUUUGGUUUACAAACAAGCCUCACAUUGUACAGCUAGACUGGGAGUAUAAUCCAUUUAACUUAUUAGGUUGAUGAGAAUGGGGCAGUACUUCCAAACUCUCUAGCUCAUACAGUAAUUCACUUUACAGUUUAACUUCACUCAGACAAUUUUGUCAGCUUCAGUUUGCUGCUCACUGAUUUGUACACCAUAUCAAUGUAACCUAUUGUGAGAAUAAACAUCAUAUUAAAACAUAA